AUGGAUCCCGCAACGCUGCAUGCGGCCGUUUGCCGCGCCGAUGCGGACGAUCCACGGUUGCUCGGCCGGCGCAGCGUGGGAAAGGCGAAAGUCCAAGAGAAGCUUCCCCCGGAGGAGCCGUUGCUGCGUCCGGGGAGAGCCAAAGUCUUGCAGGAGGUGAAGGUACGAGCUGCCAAAUGCAAAGAGUCCGAGAUUCUGGGGCUCCUACGGGAGGGCAUGUUCGUGACCAUCCACGAGGUGUGUACCAAGUCAGCGCACGUGGAAUAUGGACUUACCGGCCUGGUCGGAUGGGUCACCUUGAGGAGGAACUCCGAACCGGUGCUUAAGGAGGAUCCCUGGUCCUUCCGACCUCCCGUGAAGAGGGUGCCCAAAGCUUCAGAGCCACCACCAGGACCAGAACCGUGGGAGAAAAGCAAUGCCAGACUUGCCUCUGCGCGCCUUGGCAAGAAAGCCGCAGGCAGUUCUGCAGGGGAUCACCGCAGUUUGCCUGAGUCGGCGUGGAAGCGGAUCCAUGACAGGUUUCAGGCAGAAAUUGCCCCUAGCUUCUUGUCUCCAAAGUCACAGAGUCCAGAUGUUGAAACCAUCCCAUGCAGAGCCGAAUGGAUCGGCGAUCAUCGCAGCCUGCCUGAGACAGCUUGGCUGCGCAUCCACGAGAGGUUUCGGGUUCAGCCUGUCCACUGCUCACAGUUUCAAGAUGGCGAAGCCAUCAAAGGCAGACCCGCCCGCAGCCUCGAGCAAGGAAGUUUGCGCAAGUCAGCAUGGAAGAGGAUCCAGGACACGUGGAAGAGUAUCCGGAACAGAUUUCAGGGGCAAGCUGUCCCGUCGUCGCAUUCUCCAGUGCAGCAUGCGGAAGUCAGCAGGGGCAGAGCCGACUGCAGCGGCGAUCACCGCAGAUUGCCUGAGGCAGCUUGGAGUCGAAUCCAUGCCAGCUUCAAUGCAGACAGUGCCCCCUGCUUGUCGUCUACAGAUGAUGUUGAUGUCACACCCGUCAGAGCCAACUGCAGCGGCGAUCACCGCAGCCUGCCCGAGGCAGCUUGGAGUCGCAUCCAUGCCAGCUUCCAUGCAGACAGUGCCCCCUGCUUGUCGUCUCCAGAUGAUGUUGAUGUCACACCCUUCAGAGCCAACUGCAGCGGCGAUCACCGCAGCCUGCCCGAGGCAGCUUGGAGUCGCAUCCAUGCCAGCUUCAAUGCAGACAGUGCCCCCUGCUUGUCGUCUACAGAUGAUGUUGAUGUCACACCCGUCAGAGCCAACUGCAGCGUGCGAUCCCCGCAGCAUGCCGAGGCAGCUUGGCGUCCGCAUCCAUGCAGCUUCCAUGCAGACAGUGCCCCCUGCUUGUCGUCUCCAGAUGAUGUUGAUGUCACCGUAGAGCAACGGCAGCGCGAUCACGCAGCCGCCGAGGCAGCUUGGAGUCGCAUCCAGCCAGCUUCCAUGCAGACAGCAGCUUGGAGUCGCAUCCAUGCCAGCUUCCAUGCAGACAGUGCCCCCUGCUUGUCGUCUACAGAUGAUGUUGAUGUCACACCCGUCAGAGCCAACUGCAGCGGCGAUCACCGCAGCCUGCCCGAGGCAGCUUGGAGUCGCAUCCAUGCCAGCUUCCAUGCAGACAGUGCCCCCUGCUUGUCGUCUACAGAUGAUGUUGAUGUCACACCCGUCAGAGCCAACUGCAGCGGCGAUCACCGCAGCCUGCCCGAGGCAGCUUGGAGUCGCAUCCAUGCCAGCUUCCAUGCAGACAGUGCCCCCUGCUUGUCGUCUACAGAUGAUGUUGAUGUCACACCCGUCAGAGCCAACUGCAGCGGCGAUCACCGCAGCCUGCCCGUGGCAGCUUGGAGUCGCAUCCAUGCCAGCUUCCAUGCAGACAGUGCCCCCUGCUUGUCGUCUCCAGAUGAUGUUGAUGUCACACCCGUCAGAGCCAACUGCAGCGGCGAUCACCGCAGCCUGCCCGAGGCAGCUUGGAGUCGCAUCCAUGCCAGCUUCCAUGCAGACAGUGCCCCCUGCUUGUCGUCUACAGAUGAUGUUGAUGUCACACCCGUCAGAGCCAACUGCAGCGGCGAUCACCGCAGCCUGCCCGAGGCAGCUUGGAGUCGCAUCCAUGCCAGCUUCCAUGCAGACAGUGCCCCCUGCUUGUCGUCUACAGAUGAUGUUGAUGUCACACCCGUCAGAGCCAACUGCAGCGGCGAUCACCGCAGCCUGCCCGAGCAGCUUGCAUUGCCAGCUUCCAUGCAGACAGUGCCAGAUGAUGUUGCAGCUUGGAGUCGCAUCCAUGCCAGCUUCCAUGCAGACAGUGCCCCCUGCUUGUCGUCUCCAGAUGAUGUUGAUGUCACACCCGUCAGAGCCAACUGCAGCGGCGAUCACCGCAGCCUGCCCGAGGCAGCUUGGAGUCGCAUCCAUGCCAGCUUCCAUGCAGACAGUGCCCCCUGCUUGUCGUCUACAGAUGAUGUUGAUGUCACACCCGUCAGAGCCAACUGCAGCGGCGAUCACCGCAGCCUGCCCGAGGCAGCUUGGAGUCGCAUCCAUGCCAGCUUCCAUGCAGACAGUGCCCCCUGCUUGUCGUCUCCAGAUGAUGUUGAUGUCACACCCGUCAGAGCCAACUGCAGCGGCGAUCACCGCAGCCUGCCCGAGGCAGCUUGGAGUCGCAUCCAUGCCAGCUUCCAUGCAGACAGUGCCCCCUGCUUGUCGUCUACAGAUGAUGUUGAUGUCACACCCGUCAGAGCCAACUGCAGCGGCGAUCACCGCAGCCUGCCCGAGGCAGCUUGGAGUCGAAUCCACGACAAGUUUGACCGUCCCCGUUCUCGUCCCAAUUCCACAGCUGUUUCCGACUGGUGGAUGGCCUUUUGGCAGCAAGCUGUGCGAGAUCUAUGCUGCAGCCGGUGA